AUGGGGAAGGGUUUGAGAAGCCUAGGGUUUCUGGUGGUGGCGGUGGUAGUGGCGGCGGUGCUGAUGGCCGCCAUAGCCGACGGCAGGCAUCUUCAGGAGGAUGUGGUGUUGGACGGUGGUGGCUCCGCCGGAGGGACUGGGGCGGGUGAAGGUGGUGGAGGCGGCAGUAGUAGAGGUUACGGAGGAGGAAAGGGAGAAGGGGGAGGGAACGUUGGUGGCUCCGCCGGAGGGACUGGGGCGGGUGAAGGUGGUGGAGGAGGCAGCGGUAGAGGUUACGGAGGAGGAAAGGGAGAAGGGGGAGGGAACGGUGGUGGCUCCGCCGGAGGGACUGGGGCGGGUGAAGGUGGUGGAGGCGGCAGCGGUAGAGGUUACGGAGGAGGAAAGGGAGAAGGGGGAGGGAACGGUGGUGGCUCCGCCGGAGGGACUGGGGUGGGUGAAGGUGGUGGAGGCGGCAGCGGUAGAGGUUACGGAGGAGGAAAGGGAGAAGGGGGAGGGAAUGGUGGUGGAAGUGGUGGAGGGAACGGUGGUGGCUAUGGCUAUGGUUGGGGCUGUGGAGGCGGUGGAGGGUAUGGUCAUGGCGCUGGAGCUGGUUGGGGACAUGGUGGCGGUGGCGGUGGCGGCGGGGGAGGAGGCGAAGGUGAAGGCGAAGGUUAUGGGCGUGGUGACGGUGGUGGCCAUGGCGGAGGCGACGGGCAAGUUGGUGGCCGUGGUGGAGGUGGAAACGAAGGCUAUGGGCACGGCGGCAGCCGUGGCGGAGGCUAUGGCCGUGGCCGUGGUGGAGGAGAAGGCUAUGAUGGCCGGGGUGGUGGCGAUGGCGGCGGCCUCUAG